AUGGCCUCCCUCAGUCCUGAGCUGCAGGGGAAGCUGGAGGACCUGGAUAGAGAGUUAGAAGAGGGUGACAUCACUCAAAAAGGGUACCAGAAACGGCGUACCCAGCUCAUGUCACAGUUUGGGUUUGGUGACGUUUCCGAAUUAAAGAUGGGCGGCUUGCGAAUCCACUCUCCCGACAAUGAGGGCCCCCCAGAAGACCACCGUGCCGCUUCGCUGGCUGCCCUAAACGCUGCGCCGAGCGACUCCCCCGGCCUCGAACCCGUUCGAUCAGAAAACGAAUACCAAGAGCAAUCCUCGUACCCGAACAUCGAAUCACACCCCGCGUCUCUGCUCGCCCCCGGUGGGCCGAUGGCGGAACAGCGCCCGACAAUACGCCAGCAUGACUCGCUUUUCUUAUCCGCGCCCCAAAAUGAUCCCUCUACAAGAUCUGGCACCAUGGUAUCGGGAGACUAUGCUUUCAACCCCGAGCAUCAAAUUGGGUACGCGGACCAGGCUGGAUCAAACCCCUAUGAUAGCAGGACAGGGACGUUGUUGGACUCGCAGGCCUAUUUUUCGGACUUUGCUGGCCAGUCAUACGAUCCCUCGGGCCCAGGCGGAGGAGAGUACGGGGUGGUCCAUAGAUACUCCUCUAGCGAUGCGUUCUCGCCCACGGCAGCUAUGGCGCCCCCCAUGCUCACGACAAAUGAGCUUCCCCCAACAGAUGCUCUUCAGUUCCAAAUGCCCCUCGAACCCCGCGAAGUGCCGUUCGCCAUCCACGACCCCCACGAUGACACUAUUCCCAUGUCAAACUUUGACAACAUCGCCGCGGUACUCAGGCACCGCGGUCGUGCUCUAAGUAAGAGGCCCGCGUACUGGGUGUUGGACAGCAAGGGGAAGGAAAUCGCGUCGAUUACGUGGGACAAAUUAGCCAUGAGGGCCGAAAAGGUGGCGCAGGUCAUUCGCGACAAGAGCUCACUGUACCGGGGAGACCGUGUUGCGCUUAUUUACCGCGAUUCCGAAAUCAUCGAUUUCGCCAUCGCAUUGCUGGGCUGCUUCAUCGCCGGGGUGGUCGCAGUACCCAUCAACGAGUUGCAGGACUAUCAGAAGCUCAAUCUUAUCCUGACGUCGACUCAGGCGCAUCUUGCGUUGACCACGGACAACAACCUCAAGGCCUUCCAGCGCGAUAUCACCGCCCAGAAACUCAACUGGCCCAAGGGUGUUGAGUGGUGGAAGACAAACGAGUUUGGAAGUUAUCAUCCUAAGCGGAAGGAUGACGUCCCUCCUUUGUCCGUCCCAGACUUGGCCUACAUCGAGUUCUCACGGGCGCCGACCGGCGAUCUCAGGGGUGUCGUCUUGAGCCACCGUACCAUCAUGCAUCAGAUGGCCUGCUUGAGCGCCAUUGUCUCCACUGCACCAGGGAACGGGCCGGCCGACACGUUUAGCAGGGAUCUGCGUGACAAGAAUGGCCGUUUGAUGGCGGGCGGUGCCAGCUAUGAGACACUGCUCUCCUACCUGGAUGCCCGUCAAGGAAUCGGCAUGAUUCUUGGCGUUCUUCUUGCCGUGUAUGGGGGCCAUACCACCGUUUGGUUGGAGAACAAGGCAGUUGAGGUCCCUGGUCUUUACGCUCACCUGAUCACGAAAUACAAACCUACGGUGAUGGUUGCCGAUUAUCCCGGCUUGAAACGGGCUGCCUACAACUACCAGGCCGACCCGAUGGCAACCAGGAAUUUCAAGAAGGGCUUGGACCCUAAUUUUCAAUCUGUCAAGCUUUGCCUGGUCGACACCCUCACUGUUGACAGCGAGUUCAAUGAGCUUCUUGCCGACCGUUGGUUCCGCCCACUCCGCAACACUCGAUCGCGGGAGAUCAUUGCGCCCAUGCUGUGCUUGCCUGAGCACGGCGGUAUGCUGGUCAGCGUUCGAGACUGGUUGGGCGGGGAAGAGAGGAUGGGCUGCCCCCUGAAGCUGGACCUAGGCUCCGAUGAGAAUUCCGAAGACGAGAAGGAGAAAGAGGAGCAGAAAGCCACCCCUUCUAACGGCUUCUCGACGCUUCUUGGGCAGGCCCCCACCACUACCAAGGAGGAACGAGCCAAAACGGAGCUGGGUGAAGUUCUUCUGGACAGGGAAGCCCUCAAAACGAACGAAGUGUUAGUUGUGGCUAUCGGCGAUGAAGUGAACAAGCGAGCAUUGAGUGAACCUGGGACGAUUCGGAUCGGCGCAUUUGGAUAUCCGAUUCCCGACGCCACGCUGGCCAUCGUCGACCCCGAAACCGGCCUGCUUGCUUCGCCCAAUACAGUGGGUGAGAUUUGGGUCGAUUCCCCUUCCCUAUCGGGUGGGUUCUGGGCGCUUCCGAAGCACACGGAACAGAUCUUCCAUGCCCGGCCAUACAAGUUCGAGCCCGGCGACCCAACUCCUACGGCAGUGGAGCCUGAGUUUCUGAGGACCGGUCUGUUGGGCACCAUCAUCGAGGGCAAGAUAUUCAUCCUUGGUCUGUAUGAAGACCGCAUUCGGCAGAAGGUGGAAUGGGUUGAGGACGGCGGUCUCGAGAGUGCGGAGCACCGAUACUUCUUCGUGCAGCACAUUGUGGUCAGCAUAAUGAAGAAUGUGCCAAAGAUAUUCGAUUGUUCGGCUUUCGACGUCUUUGUCAAUGAGGAGCAUCUCCCUGUUGUCGUCCUCGAGUCUCAGUCGGCGUCCACGGCCCCAACUACCAACGGUGGGCCACCGCGGCAGCUGGACACGGCGUUACUCGACUCGCUCGCCGAGAGGUGCAUGGAGGUGCUUUUGCAGGAGCACAAUCUCCGCGUCUACUGCGUCAUGAUCACGGCUCCUAACGCUCUACCGCGAGUGCUUAAGAACGGGCGUCGUGAGAUUGGCAACAUGUUGUGUAGGAGAGAAUUUGACCAGGGGAACCUCGCCUGCGUCCACGUCAAAUUCGCUGUUGAGCACGCGGUGCUCAAUCUGCCUGUGGGUAUCGACCCGGUGGGCGGUAUCUGGUCAGCCAUAGCUACCAUGUCUCGUGGGGAGCUUCUGGCACCGGCCGACAAGCAAUAUUCCGGUAUUGACCGCAGAGAGGUAGUCAUCGAUGACAGGACAUCAACACCGCUCAAUAACUUCUCGAGCAUCACUGACCUCAUACAAUGGCGUGUCGCCCGGCAACCCGAAGAACUGUCGUUCUGUACCAUUGACGGCCGUGGAAAAGAAGGCAAGGGUGUGACAUGGAAGAAGUUCGACAUGAAGGUUGCCGCCGUUGCGGUUUAUCUCAGGAACAAGGUCAAGCUCAAGGCGGGUGACCACGUUGUUCUCAUGUACACCCACUCCGAGGACUUCAUCUUUGCUGUGCAUGCGUGCAUCAACCUUGGUGUCGUGGUCAUUCCACUGGCGCCAAUGGACCAGAACCGUCUAUCUGAGGAUGUACCGGCCUUCUUACACCUGGUAUCGGAAUACCGAGUGAGGGCAGUACUGGUGAACCAGGAUGUGGACCAUCUGCUGAAGAUGAAGCCAGUCGCGCAGCACGUCAAGCAGACUGCCCAGGUUCUGAAGGUCACGAUCCCGAGCACGUACAACACCAGCAAGCCCCCGAAACAGAACAGCGGCUUGCGAGACCUCAACAUCAAGAUGGAUCCAGCGUGGAUCCAGCCCGGUUAUCCGGUGAUUAUUUGGACUUACUGGACGCCCGACCAGCGGCGGCUUGCGGUCCAACUCGGCCACGACACAAUCCUUGGCAUGUGCAAGGUGCAAAAAGAAACCUGUCAAAUGACCAGUUCUCGGCCGGUGCUUGGUUGUGUGAGGAGUACUACCGGCCUGGGAUUCAUCCAUACAUGCUUGAUGGGUAUCUACAUCGGCACGCCGACUUACCUCCUUUCCCCCGUGGACUUUGCCCAGAACCCAGCCUCGCUGUUUUUGAUCCUGUCGCGGUACAAGAUCAAGGACACAUACGCCACCCCCCAGAUGUUGGACCACGCCAUGAACAUGAUGCCCGGCAAGGGCUUCACCAUGCACGAACUCAAAAACAUGAUGAUUUCAGCCGACGCCCGGCCCCGGGUAGACGUCUUCCAAAAGGUGCGCAUGCACUUUGCCGCGACGGGCCUCGACCGAACGGCCAUCAACACAGUCUACUCGCACGUCCUGAACCCCAUGAUCGCCUCGCGCUCGUACAUGUGCAUUGAGCCCAUCGAGCUCUGGCUAGAUCCCAAAGCCUUGCGGCGUGGCUUGGUCUUUGUCACAGACCAGGAGCGCGACCCGAAGGCGCUGCUAAUCCAGGAUUCGGGCAUGGUGCCUGUGUCGACGCAGAUUGCGAUCGUUAAUCCAGAGAGCCGGGAGUUAUGCACUGAGGGAGAAUACGGCGAGAUCUGGGUCGAUUCCGAGGCUUGUGUUAAGGCGUUCUAUGGCUCGAAGGAUGCAUUUGAUGCUGAACGGUUCGAUGGACGGACCAUUGAGGACCCGAGUAUCCGAUAUGUGCGCACUGGUGACCUGGGAUUCCUCCACAGCGUGCGCCGGCCUAUUGGGCCAGGCGGCGCAUUGGUUGAUAUGCAGGUGCUAUUUGUGCUCGGCAAUAUUGGCGAGACCUUUGAGAUCAACGGGUUGAGCCAUUUUCCCAUGGAUAUUGAGACCUCGGUUGAGCGGUGCCACCGCAAUAUUGUUCCGAGCGGAUGUGCCAUCUUCCAAGCCGGGGGCCUUAUCGUGGUGUUAGUAGAGGUCGCCCGCAAAGCAUAUCUUGCCUCCAUGGUCCCCGUCAUCGUCAACUCCAUCCUUAACGAGCAUCAAAUCGUCGUGGACAUCGUCGCAUUCGUCAACAAGGGCGACUUUCCGCGCAGCCGCCUCGGCGAGAAACAGCGCGGCAAGAUCCUCGCCGGCUGGGUCAGCCGCAAGCUGCGGACCAUGGCACAGUUCGGCAUUCGGGACCACGACCGCGAGGCCCUGGGCCCCACAGGAGCAACCCUGGCCGACCAGGCCGCCGGACAAGCCAUCGCCACCGCGGAGGACCAAAACCGCGCAAGUCUGGGCAGCUUCCGCAGCGCUAGCGGUGGGAUCAUUGGGCCCGGCCCCGGCGGCGCAGGAAGCUCGCUACGGAAGAUGGAACCCGCACCGCAAAUCAUCGAACACCACGCGUUGGAUCAGUACCCGCCGCAAUACCAGCCACACCCAGAGGAGACCAUGGACACCAUGAACCUAGCUACCCCAACGGCUGCCCCGGGCGCGAACCCAAGCCCAGUAGAAAUGCCGGCCGAUUUGGACAACGAACAGACACCGACUAGGGCCCACGCGGCGCAAGCCCAACCUGACUUUGGCUUGCCUACUUUUGACGAGCAGCCCGGGUCGUCAGGGGCAACGGCAGGUGGGAUUGGAAUGGCCAUAUCAUCUGCACAGGCACCACCACCACCACCAUCGCAAUCCCCGCCGCAGAUCCGGUUGCCUGGUGUAGACGGGCGGGAAUCGUUGGAUGAUUGGGAUCUGAGGCCCGGGAGUAAGAGUAGUGCUGGGGCCGGUGCUGGUACGGGCGGUGCCGACGGGGAUGUUGAUGAGGAUGACGCGUGGAAAGCGGAUGCGUAUAUGUCGAUGAAUUUAGCUGGGACACUUGGGGGGAAGUGA